GUCUCUUUAAAUUCCACGAUUGACCGGCGGCUGCAGGUGUGCUGGUGGGUUUUGCUCAGCAGUGGACGGAAUGGCUGAUCUUUCGAAAGAGGUGGGGGAUCAUGGAAUGCUCGCACUAUCCAGACAGUUGGCCGAUCUCUUCAACGAUGACUCCUUUGAGGAGAAUGAUCGAACCUUUUAUGGCUUUUCUGAUGGGGAGCUGCAGUCUUUAGAGGAGAUUAAGGAUUCAGACAUUUCCUCCUCAUCCUCUUCAUCAGAAACCUACGAUGAAAGGCCACCACAACGUUUCACUCUGAAGGUGGUGCUACGUCGGCGAGCAUCCAGCACAAGCAGUGAUGAGGAGGAGAUUUCCAAAGCUGACGAAGAGCUGCCCAACCAGAACACCAAUUCUGGGUCGGAAUCGGAGAAAGAUGGCAACUUCCUUGAGAAAAGAGAACAGAAUAUUAAAAAUAACCGUGCAAUGCUGGCCCAGCUUAUGGCCGACCUGAAGAUGAUGCCAGAGCUCAUGCGUUCAGCUACUCCUUCCAUGAAUCGGCCUGCCACUAAGGUGAGAGGUAAGCCACAAGCAUCUUUCAUAGAGCAUGAAGGCCCGCGGCGAAAUCCAGAGCGCUCGUCCCGCCUACACACCCGCUCCAUGGGAAGUGUAGAAUGUGACCUUAUGGAGGAGACGCGAGAUCUGCAGCAGAGCCUGGAGGAUGAGCUUCUCGAGGUCAGAGAAGCUCCAAAACGUCGCCAUCAACCGCGUCCCAGCAUGGCAAGCCCCCAUGUGGUACGGCCGGUUGAAGAAAUCACAGAGCUGGAAUUGGAUCAUGUGGCGUCCUCGGUGGCCGAUAAGGUCUACAACAGCGUUAGUGGAUCCACAUGUCAUCAGUGCCGACAGAAGACUACUGACACAAAAACCAACUGCCGGAAUCCUGACUGCCGUGGGGUACAGGGUCAGUUCUGUGGGCCUUGUCUGCGUAACCGGUAUGGGGAGGAGGUGAAGGACGCUUUACUCGACCCAGAGUGGUACUGCCCACCGUGCCGAGGGAUUUGCAACUGCAGCUUCUGCCGGCAGCGGAACGGGCGCUGUCCCACUGGCAUCUUGUAUCCUUUGGCACGGUAUCAUGGCUUUAAGGAUGUGCACUCAUAUUUGAAAAGCCUUCAAAAGAAAGUUAAAAGUGAGAUGGAAAACGACGGAGCGUAAGGCAGUCUGGAGGAGUAACGACCGGGAGAUGCACUGCGACAGCACCCACGAUGCACAUGUCAUGGGUUUCAGUUUGAAUUUACUGACCUGACCACGACUUGAGGAAAAUUUAAAUAAUUUUCGAUGUUAAAAAGCACUGAUAACUCUUCUCCCCCCCCCCCACAUUUUUUAACAUAUUAGGAUAUUUAUCUAAAUAAAGAUACUUCUUUUCUAACUUGGAUAAA